GGGAACGGGCUGAUCUGCGGGAAGCAGCAGCACAACAACAAUGGGUCGAUACCUAAUGGAAAGUUGCACGAAAUAACAGCGGCGGAAAACGGGAAAUUGAUCAUGUCCGACGAGAAGUCGAGCAGCCUUCACACGGAGUUCGACGAUGCCGAUGUGUCUUGCGGCUGGGGCCCGUGCAGGCCACACUGGCUUCAAUAUUUCGCCACGAAGCAGGCCUUCCUUGUCACUUUCUGCAUCACCUGGGUUGGUUUGGGUUCUUCAGGGAAUGUACUACACGUACUUCGUCUCGGUGAUCACGACGAUCGAGAAGCUGUUCCAGAUACAGUCGAAGACCACCGGUAUUAUAAUGUCAGCGACGGAGAUCGGGCAGAUCGGUUCCUCUCUCCUGCUUACGUAUUACGGGGGCCAAGGUCACCGGCCUAAGUGGAUCGCUUGGGGCAUGAUCCUGUUCGCGGUGAGCUCGUUCACCUGCUCGAUGCCCCAUUUCAUCUUCGGUGAACAGCUGAUCCAUCAGAACGAGAUGUUUCUCAGCGGGGUCGAGGGUGGUGACCCGAACAACACCCAUCCCAUCCCUGCCAACCUUUGCAAAUUGCAGGAACGAUCGGAAAAUUCUACGGUCGCCAGCUGGAUCUCGUCCACGGCUCAAACGACUCACACGAUAAACGACUGCAAAGGCGACUCGUUGACGGAGCAGAGGAUACAGAGCAAAAUAACCACGGUGGUCCUGGCGAUAUUUUUCGUCUCCUUGUUGGGCGUUGGAAUGGGUCAGACGGCGGUCUACACCCUCGGUAUCCCUUACAUCGAUGACAAUGUGGCCAGCAGAGAAAGCCCGCUCUAUUUCGCGAUCACGAUCGGAGUGAGGAUCCUCGGUCCAGCCCUGGGCUUCAUUCUGGGCUCGUUGUGCACCAUGAUUUACGCGGAUUUGUCGGCGAAUCCGCAAAUCACGCCGACGGAUCCGAGAUGGGUCGGGGCAUGGUGGCUUGGUCUGGUGCUGAUAGCAGCCAUGCUGAUGUUGGUAAGCAUAGGAAUGUUCGCGUUCCCGACGCGGUUGCCCGCGAGCAGGACGCCGCCGAAACGGGCCGACGCGAAAAAGCCUAGUCUCCGAGACUUCCCUAAAGCGGUGAAGAGGCUGUUGAAGAACGACAUUCUUAUGUUCCGGACGGCCAGCAGCGUGCUGCACAUCCUACCGAUCGCCGGCCUCUACACCUUCCUGCCAAAGUACCUCGAGAGCCAAUUUCGCUUGCCAGCUCAUCAUGCGAACAUGAUCUCAGGUGUCGGUGGUAUUUUAGUAAUGGGUUUGGGUAUUAUAAUUAGCGGAGUGUUUAUCCUGAGGGCAAAGCCUAACGCCAGGUUCGUCGCAGCCUGGAUCGCCUUCACAGCUGUAAUAUACGCGAUCGGCAUGGGUGUGCUGAUGUUCAUCGGUUGCCCUAUGGACGAUUUCGCUGGUCUAGUUUCCCAUUCCGACGGAUUGUCCAGGUUCGAGCAGACCUGCGAGGCUACAUGCUACUGCGAUCGGAACAAGUUCAGCCCGAUUUGCGGUGCCGAUGGUAAAACGUAUUUUUCCGCGUGUCACGCGGGCUGCUCCAAUUACACGAUCGUCGAUGGCAAAGUUGCAUCGUUUUACAACUGCCAGUGUAUCGGGUCGAAUCUGACAACACCGGAAACGGCAAACACUGCGACGAUCGGUUACUGCGAGCUCGAGUGCAGUAACUUUUGGGUUUAUAUGGUCCUGUUCUCGGUGUUCGUUUUCAUACACUCGACCAGCGAGGUGGGCUCCAUGCUGUUGAUCCUCAGGUGCGUGGAUCCACGGGACAAGGCGAUGGCUUUGGGCCUCAUACAAUUCGCCAUCGGCCUCUUCGGUAACGUCCCGUGUCCAAUCGUUUAUGGUGCUGUGGUGGACUCCGCUUGUCUCGUAUGGGAAUACGCUUGCGGCGAGCGAGGUGCCUGCUGGCUUUACGACUCGAAUGUCUUUAGAAUGUUCUAUCAUGGUACCACUGGCGGAAUCCUGAUUCUCGCUUUCGUGGUGGACAUAGUGGUGUGGUACAAGGCCGGGAGCAUCAGCUUCGUGGAGGAGCAGGAAGCGGAAGAGGGCACGGUCGAGGAGAUGGCCACCCUCAAGUCGCAGGAUGCGCAGGCAGUUGACAACGACUAUUUGUGAAAGGGUCCCGGCCGACUUCGAUGGUAUCUCAUGAAGCGCAGGCCUGAAUAUAGCGUCGUAAAAAGCGGGACAAAGGCGUAACGAGGCGUUCCUAACUGACGAGAACUCGGUGCCAGUAGCUCGAGACCGGUCGGUCGACGGUCCAUCUUCUCGUGUCCACGUAUUUGGAAAGGGAGGAGGGUUCCUCCUUCCUUUUCUUUUUUUUUUUUUUUUGUGGAAACCCACCAAGGGUUGUGUCCAUCCCUUUUCGCGAGGAGGAGCGAGGGAAUAAUCUGAAUUCAAGUCCCUUCGACGACACUGGUGCUCGCGUCGAUCGGCCACGAAACCAGGAGUCCAGGACGAUGACGGAGGAGGCGGUGCCAAGCCCUUGGAAAGCCCGUGAUUUCCACGGAAAGGCUGUGCCGUGGUUUCGAAUCGUAUUGUACAGGGAAGAAGGAGGAUGUAAUGGUUAAGGAACGGAUCGAUAAUCAACGAUUAUUUGAUUUUUCUUUGAGUGAGCGAUAUAUACAUAUGUAUUGAAGAUGCGAAUGAGGGAGAAGAUUGUCUUCCGGAGAUUGGCAUCGGGGAACAACGAUUUGAAACGUAAUCGAAACGAAGUGCACGACGGAGGAAGGAGCAAGUAUCGAGAGCGAGGAGACGAUUUUCGUGCGGGGGAAAAAAAGGAGGAUUGGGAAAAAUGGAUGAUCGACACGGAAAUGCGAAACGCACCAGCAUAUAUAUAAAUAUAUAUCUAUUUCUCUCGGCACGCGAGAUUCUCGGAUCUUGGGCGAGCUUCUCUUAGGCACUACCGUCCGUGUUUCAUUCUGCAUAUUACACCUAGGCGUAGGCAACCUGUACAAGCGAUGAUUUACGAUGUGUGCAUGCGUGUCGGUAAUAAUUCGUUUUGUUGUUUGCAAAAGAAAAUGAAAAAAAAAGGAAAAAAAAUGAACAAUGAACGGAAGAGUUAAUAAUUAUUGGAGAGGAAAGGAGGAGAGAAUCUGAGUGCGAAUGAGGGCGAAAAUAAUAAGAAGAGAAUAAUAAGACAUAUUUUUUAGACGAUUUGACGAUGAGAAAGAAAAGAGAGAUAAAAGGGGGGGAAGGGGAAGGGAGAAAAAAAUAAAUAUCGAUACGGUACACGUGUACGGGAAGAACGGAAGUCAGGGAAGAAAAGCGAGGAUGAAUAAAAAAAGGAAAGGAAAGGGAAGUGGAAGGAAAUAAGAAAGAGAAAUUAUAAAAUUAACAAAAGAAAAAGAAGAAAUGAAAAGAUUGAACAGCUGUAUUUUAAUACGAUACACUUUACAUUCUCGUGUGGGACACUUGUCGAUGUAUGCGCGUCUGCCGCCUGUGUGCUUUUAGUGCUUUGAGCGUUCGUCGUUUUUCUUUUUUUUUUUCGAAUAUCUUUGCCCGAUAUAACUCUUUUUACUUAAAUUUUAAACGAUUAUCAAUAAUAGUUCUUUUUAUUAAUGAUCUGGAAACCGAAUUAAUUUUUAAUCGAGAUAUAUUUUCGACGAGUAAGUUAAAAUUGCUUACGCGAAUUUUAUAAUCGAGGAGAGUUGGAUGGACGAUCGUUACCUUGUGUAAUACGGCGAAACGAGAGAAAGGAAAGAAAGUUAUUGCGGAGAAGGAAGGAAGAGGGAAGGAAGUGAAGAGUUGAAAAGCGUUUAGGGUGUGCGUUAACGUAUGCUAUGAAAUUCGCGAAUUAUUCGAUUCAGGGGCAUUGUUAAUUAUAUAUUACGCAUCGUUUUGAGUUUGCCUCGAAGAACAGUUUGGCUAAAAGAUAAUUGAAUUAAGAUUGAUUAAAUAAGAGAAAUUAAAUAAUAUUCUAAUUCUAAAUUUCGACUCGAUUAAAAAUUAUAUCUUUGAAGAAAUUUAAUUUUGGAUUUCAAAAGACUCUUGAAAUCGUAUUUCUUUUUAAGCUCCAAUAGAAAAAUUGUUCGCAAAGCUACUAAACAAGCAUUACACAAGAGCCAAUUGUUUCUUCGAAAUUCCAAAAGAAAAAAAGAAAAAAGAAAAAAAGAUACAUAAAUAUAUAUAUACAUAUACACACAUAUAAAACGUAUAUAACGUCGGCUCUAAACGAGCUUUCAGAUUAAUAAACGAUCUAUUGCCAGUCCAGAAGCCAUCAUGAUCAUUUUGACACGAAGAAAAGUAUACCUGUUUUCUUUCUCCAAUUCUAUCAUUUAUUUAGAAAAAUAUCAAGAGAAAAAGAGGAAAAAAAAAAAAAACAGAAUUCAGAAUUUCUUCUGGACAGUGGUAGAACGUAAUAUCUAUCCCUUUCAUUGUUAAGGGUAGUUUCUCAUGUUUCGCACAGGAUAAACCACCCUCGCAUCGAAGGGGUUGAACGAGUUACAUAUAUAUAUAUAUAUACAUUGUAUGUAUCGUGUGUGUGUGUGCGUAUGAGUGCGUGUACAGUCGUACAAGUAAAUCAUUGACGAUGCGAUUGAGAAAGGAUUGCACAGGGGCGGAUACGGCUUUCCGUGCGCCCGUUGAUCUCCAUCGAGAAUUGUAUUUUUGUAUUUCGAAGCGACACAUAAUCUAUAUUUUAAUCGAUCACAAGUCGUAUAUAUAUACAUAUACAUACAUACAUAUAUAUAUAUAGAACAGCACGAUAAUUAACACAGAGCCAAUUCCACCCUUCGACGCGAUUCAUUUCUCAGAGAGUCAUCAGCUCUCGACUCGUGUAUCAUCGAUGUACGAUUCGAUUCAUCGAAUUUUCCAUUCUAUUUUUCGCUCGUCCACCUCUCGAUGGAGGAACGAAAAUGAAAAUGUGAACGAUCCCAGGGUGUAUUAUAUUUUCGUUUUCUUCUUUCUUAAUGUCAACACCAUUUGUGUAAAAUUAAAUCGCGAUACUUCUCGCUACGAUCGACGAUAUAUAUUUAUAUAUAUAAAAUCGAUCGUGACACCGAGCUCUUGGACUCUUGGAGCAAUCGAUGAGAUAACGAGCGAUGACAAUAUUUUUGCAAGGAAAAAAUUAGGAUUGCUCUGGAUAUCCGCUUUACAACGUGCCGCUCGUGUUCUGCUUAUCGGGGCGAGGUGGUUAUCGCGUGGGACGAUAAAAAUCGAGAAGAAGGUGUUUAUUAUAUAGUUUUAUUAUUAGUAUAUAUAUAUAUAUAUAUAUAUAUAUAUAUAUAUAUAUAUAUAUAUAUAUAUAUAUACGGGAACGAGAGAUAUCUACGUACAAUUUAAUCAAGAUAAUCGUUUAACUCGCGAGACAUAGUCCGGAUGGAUGAAGUGGGGACGCGUUUUAACCCUCGUCUUGGCAGAAGAGUUUUCGAGAGUCUCUCUCUCUUUCUUAGAAUGAGCGAAGCUAUUUUAAAAGUUCCAAGAUUUAUCCUCCCCCCCUCACGUAGACGUUUAAUAGAUCAUUAGAGUGUUUGCAUGCAGUUUUACGCGCAGAAAAUUCACGCAUGUUGCCUGGUGCAACUUUGCCAAGAGGAAGGAUCAAAAUCUACGUCCUCCAUCGUUGCGGCUGUUAACAAAUUAGAUUUUUUUUUUCGAUAAUUCGUCGUCUCUCGAUGAUGAUAUUUAAUCGAUAAACAAAGUUUUAAACACGGCCUUUAUUAUUACGGAAGAUGAACGGAGACAGAGAGUAUUUUCACGAUCGAAGCCGUGUGCGUUUUUACAAGUUUUAUGCUCGUUCGAGUUAUUUUUAAUCGCAUUUUUUUAUUUUUUUAAUUCUUUCUCCAACGAACGAAUGCGUCCGUCAUAGACAUAUUUUUCUUGCGAACGAAUCUGGAAGGGAAACGACGACAUAUUCAGCGAAGAAAUCCGCAAAACUCGAGAGACGCAAUCUGGAUUAAUUCGAAUUUGACGAUUAAAACGAUUUAUCGGCGAGGAUAAAUGCGAUUACGUAAAAAAUGAGCACGAUAAUUUUUUGAACGCAUCACGAACGUAUGAGGAUGAAAGUGAAUCUACGAAAGGAUUUUUAUUCCGUUUUAUUUCGUUUCCUUUUCGGGAUGGGUAGGAGAAGGGAGGGGAGAGUUAGAACCUCUCAUGAAUGGUGUGUACUUGUGCGUUUGCCUUUCAGUGCUCGAUAUAUACUGUAUACAUUACUGUAUAUUAUGUGUACGAUAGAGCUGUACAUAAAGUACAAUAAUUGCUAAAAUAAUCAUGGCGUGGAGCGACAGAGUCUCAAUCUUUAUUCCGUGUGUUGCGCCAGUAAGUUUAUCCAGGAUAGGCGAAUGAUCCUUCGCAAAAAUUGAAUUACGAUCCAAUUUUAUCUCAAUAUUACACAAUGAUUUUGAUAUCGAUGAGGAAGUUUUUUAAAACGCGGCGAGACGGAGAAUUUUUAUUCCGAUCGUAUCCCUCGCCUCCCUCGGAUCAUUCGUCUAUCGUCAAUAAAUAAAGUGCUAAUUGCGUCACUGUGAGAAUUAACGAUGACAAUGAUGACACACGACAAUGGAAACACUGCCCUGCACUAUCCGCUACUACUACUGCCAGUAUCAAUGAAAACCAUCCGUUUCGAUGAACCAUCGAUUGAAUCGACUGCCAACAUUUGGCCAAUAUUCACGAUGCAAUGAACAAGUUCAAGAAUUCACGCUCAAAACGCGUUGGCCUUAGGAAAGCGUCGUCCUCCCAGCCUAGGGCCUGCAACUUGAAAGAAAAACAAAUCUCAGUGCAGUGACUUUAUUCCUGCAUUUAUUUUAUAUUACUUAACUUUCGCUUAAUUCAAGAAGAGUACUUUUUUCUUCUUCUUUUUUAACGAUGAAUAAUAUAAAAAUUGCAAACGUUCCAUUUUUCACGUCGAUCGCCUUUUUCUCGGCAUUUAUUCAUAACGAAUUACGAAUAUUAAAAUUAUAACGUUGUACAUCGUUGUAUGUAAUCUUCACAGUUUCGUCGAACAGAUUGACACAGUUUUAUUUAAGAAGAAAUAGAAAGAAUAAAAAAGAAAAAAAAAAAAAUGAAACGAUCACUGGCGGAACACAGAAUACCAAUAAUAAUUAUAUUUUAGUAAAAAAAAGAAUUUAUCAGUAAUAUACUUGUAGGAUAUAAUCGGCCGCGGGAGCGGACACUACGGUUUUACCUAAUUACGAUGUAGUUCUAUAAGAGAACCAUAAUUGCUAGUCUUUAAUUUUCGACGUGCUCGCGUGUACCCGCACGUCAUUUGCGGAUUAUAUAAUGGAUGUUUUAAGAAUCCCUCUGUCAGAGCAACUUUAUCAUUUCAUGCGAACGAAUUUUUUAUAUUUCUUUCUUUUCUUUUCUUUCUUUAAAUCCCUCCAAUCAUUUUAAUCGUGCUUCUAAUUAUUAUUCUUUCCCUAAAUAUUUUAAUCGUUCUCUUUUUACGACGAAUCUUCGAAUCUCUGUUAAAUCAAUCUCUAUAUUUUUAAUGGAAAAAAAUUGUACAUAAAGAAUAAAAAUUUAUUUCUUU